AUGCGAUGCUCCAGGUGGAAGCUCCCAGCCAAGGAACGAUUCGAGGGCGACUUCAAGGCCAAGACGAAGAACCCAGUACUCGUUAUCGGACAGACUGCUGACCCCAUCACUCCCCUGGCGUCAGCGCGUAACCUCACAGGGACCCUUGAGGGCAGCGUACUUCUCGAGUUUGACAUCCCCGGCCAUUCGAUUCUCCGCCGAAGCUCCGAGUGUGUUAUCAAGGCUACCGCGGCUUACUGGAGCGAGGGCAAGCUUCCCAAGAAUAACACGGUCUGCAAGUCCGAGGUUGAGCCUUUUUCGACCGACUCAGGCUGGCCUGAGAUGAUCAAGGAGCUUGGCAUGGGCCCCAAGGAAUAG